AUGGUGCCGCAACAGCAAAGACGGAGACGACGAAGAGCAGCCUUAUCACGGACUGCUGAGCGACGGGUAGUGGUUGUGAGGGGUCCUGGUGGCUUUGGGUUUACCAUAGCGGGGCAGAGACCCUGCGUUGUGUCGGCUGUGGCAUCGGGAGGACCAGCGGAAAGAGCUGGCUUACGAGCUGGUGACGCCUUACUUGCAGUUGACGGAGCGAGUGUAGCCAGGGCUCCACAUGCCUCUGUGGCCCGGUUAGUCGCAGCCGCUCCAGGGCCGAUAGCACUGAGUGUGGCGCCGAGAGAGUCACCGCCCACGGACACAGAAGACACUGAACCUGAGGAGCGAGCCAGGACACGACGGAGGUACCCUCCUCCCAGACGGAGGCCACAACCAGCGAUGAUGCAUCAUCCAGCGUGUCAUGCAGCUCCAAACACAUCAGGUGUGAACGAAAUCUUGCAGAAUCUGAGUCGAGCACAACUCACGCCCAGCCACCUAGCAAGGCUUGAGUGUCGCGCUGUUGUUGGUUACUUAGGAACUAUAGAAACGCCCCAAGCUGCACCCAGCGCCGCACCAGGUAAUGUUCGCAAUGCUGUAAGGAAGCUAAGACAAGAAAGACGUACAGCAGCUCCUGUCUUAUUAUCCGUUCUUCCAAAUUCCCUGCUUCUUCGUCGACCGAAUGGCCAAGUUCUUGCUCAGUACCAAAGAGAGAGAAUCGUUUACGCUGGGUGCGGCUCUGAUGCCGAUCGAAGGUUCUUCGGACUGGUCACCGCAGCUGAGAAUACCGAUUUAGAAGCGGAAGCAUCACACAGUUGCCACGUGUUCGCAGUCGACCCUCGGAUGGCGGAACACGAGGCUCAUCACGCGAGGGCAAGGGAAUUUCAAGUGGCUUGCACUAGAGACCCUGUUGCAGAACGAUGCUUAGAGUUUCCUCCAUCCGCGGAGUAUGUAGUCGGCGUCAUACGAGGCAUGUACUCGCUUCCACCGGACGAUUGCGCCAGUCCUACUAUUCAACAGAUAUCGAAAUUAGCGGUGAAAGGAGACAGUCCGGCGUUGGGAAACUUCUCGAGGUGUAAUCGACCAGUUAUCAGAGGGCCUCGAGAGCGUAGGCCGUGUAGACACGAGGAAGUAAGGGCGGAACCGCAGGAGUUUGUUGCCAACUCUCCGCAGCCGAGCAACCACAGUGAGGUGACUACGACGUCGAGUAACAGCGACUCUGGAAUUGGAUUCCACAAUAAUUGCCGUAAUAUAGCGGAUAGGAUAUUGGUAGUCGAAUUCGCUGGCCAGCAACCAGCACCGAAUCGAUUUCGUCAAGAAAUGCCACGAAGACCUCUAGGCUUAGUCGGCUGUAGCAGCUUCGAUGCGGACGGAUCGUUUCUCUCGAACACCACACCAGUCGUUGACGGAUUUGGCGGACAAGGUCGGCCUCUGAACUUGGACGAUGUUAUUCUAAAUGCAAAUGAUUUACCGCCCCGUCAAGUCAAUCACAGAAACGAUGAAGAUACAUAUAACUAUAAUAACAAUGUGUACGGCAAUGUUCCGUCGAGUUCGAGAAGUUUUAACGGGGCAGUUUAUGAUCAAGUCUACACUGAGAAUGAGGGUCAUUACGAGUUCAUACCGUCUCAAUUAGAAAUGGAUGAGAUUGACCGGGUAGCGGAGACUUUUAACUCCGUAGAGAUAUACGAGGAGAGACAGCGCCGAGUGGAUUACCAGUCCAACGAAUCUGUGGAGAAUGUUACGGUGAUCUCUGGGACUAGUAAGGCGAGUGUGGAUUCUGUGUCCAUUUACUCUUCUAGAAGUCACGAAGAAGCGAGGCCGACUCGCAAGAAACAUUUGCAAGCAUCACUGGAUGAUAUGCUCGUGUGCGGUCUCCGGGAUCCUCCUCCGCCUGAAGAUAAGGAUGAUGACAAAUUCGUUCAUCCCGCGACUGUUAAGUGCAAGAUACGAAAGUCCAAACCCCUCAACAUCCUGGCCAAGACCAAGCACAUCUUGACGGGCAAGACGGAGAGGGACCGCGAGAGGAAAGCAUUGAGCGCUAGUGCGGGAGACGUGUCGGGGGGCGCCGGGGGUGGAGGGCCUGAGGAGGGCCUGCCCGCCGCCGCCAGCGAGCCUGACCUGCGAGACACUCAGGGCCUGCCCGCCGCCGCCAGCGAGCCCGACCUGCGAGACACUCAGGGCCUGCCCGCCGCCGCCAGCGAGCCCGACCUGCGAGACACUCAGGGCCUGCCCGCCGCCGCCAGCGAGCCUGACCUGCGAGACACUCAGGGCCUGCCCGCCGCCGCCAGCGAGCCCGACCUGCGAGACACUCAGGGCCUGCCCGCCGCCGCCAGCGAGCCCGACCUGCGAGACACUCAGGGCCUGCCCGCCGCCGCCAGCGAGCCCGACCUGCGAGACACUCAGGGCCUGCCCGCCGCCGCCAGCGAGCCCGACCUGCGAGACACUCAGGGCCUGCCCGCCGCCGCCAGCGAGCCCGACCUGCGAGACACUCAGGAGUGCAUUAAAAAUAACUACUCCGCCAUCUUGGGUGUGGACGCCAUGUUAGAUUUAGAAUGA